AUGACAACCCCUGCUCCGUUCCGCUUCGUCGAUGACGAUGACAAUGACGACGAUGAGACUGACGAUGAAAUGCCUCCACUGGAAGAGACCACGACGGCAAGCACUAGUGGGAGUCCCGCACCCACAGCGCUGGACGCUGCUGCUCCGGAUCCCAAGCCCAUGGUGUUGCAACGGCUCUUGACACCGGAAACUUCUGCUGCUGCCGCGGCGGGUAUUGAUGCGUUGCGGAUGGAAGGAGUAGAGCAAGAGGAGGAAGAAGACGAUGACAAUGACCGUGGAAAUGCGAAUCGUUUUGCGGCUCUUCAGUCUUCAGACAGUGAUAAUAAUUCGGAUGAUGAUGACGACGACGACGAUGACAGCGCAUUUGUUUUGGAGGAUUUGGAAGAAGAUUAUGGAGAUAUUUCGAUUGACGAGGAGGAUACGGACGAAGAAGAUGGAGAUGAUGACGACGAUGACGACAAUAACAGCCACGGCAGUCACCCAGGCAUGCCAGCAGGAUUGUUGGAUUUCUUUCGUGCCUUGACCAAUGUGGUGGAACAGGACGACGAUCCCAACGAAGAGGAAGACGACGAUAGUGAUUGCAAUUGUCCAAGAUGCUGGAUGGCGCGAUUUGGAUUGAGCGAAGAUGAUGACGACAAUUAUUUACCAGAGGAAGAGGAGGAAGUCGCUUUGGAUCCCAUGGCCAGUCCCUGCGCCAUUUGUUUGGAACCCGAAACCAAAACCCGAAAGUUUGUCACUCUCCCUUGUUGCGGAGGAACCAGUGUGGAAGCCACCAGCUCCACGCGAUUCUGCCAAAAAUGCGUCGUUCAAUACAUGGCACGGACUGGAAAUGGGGUCCCUCACGACCGCUCCAUGCACGUGGGCACAACAGGUCCCUUGGCAUCCAAAUCAUCUUUGGUAGGCGAAUGUCCUCGUUGUAAAAAGCUACUCAUUUUGACGGAAAAGAAAACGCGAUCGAAAAAGAAGAAAAAACUACCGUAUUAUCAGCGGACUCAUUUGGUCCUUGCCAAUGCCCAUCAAUAUCAUUGGUACAUUGGCCGUGUCGACGGUGGAAACUACCGAGUCUACCUCUUGACGUUGGCAUGGUCCGAUUCCAAAUACAUUCCGGAAGAACUCCUCCUAAAUGACGCCGCCAGUACCGAGCGAAUUGCACAUCUGUGUCAGUGGGGAAUACUGCAAAAGGUCAAACUGCCACACAACAACAACAACAAAAAUAACAACAACAACCGCAACAACAAGAAUUCCUCCGUCUUGACGUGGCCCGCACGCCGCUUGGCGAACAUUGGGUUGUCCCAAAAACUACACGCCAUGUUACAUCGUGUCCUGCCCAGUGUCAUUGCCGAUCCCGAGAAUACACAUCUACCCAACCAUUCGGGGGCCAUCUACACGGUCUCUCAUGAAAUGCAAACCGAAUUGCGCAAUCUACUGGUCAAACAUUUGGAAAUGGACGAAGAUUGGGGUCUCCGGCUGUCGCGAACCGAGUUGGACGAACCCGGCAAUGGAGGGAAACAGUCCUUCAUGGUGGCAUGCAACUGUGCCGCGUCGGCAUUCAUGGCUGUUUCCAAGUUGCGGGUCGGACGAGCCAUUCGAUUGCUCAAUCGAGGCAUGACGUUGACGUUGUCAUCCUUCCGUUGCAUUUUGCCCAAUGUGACCCAAUGGCCGUCGGAUCUGGCCACCUACACCAAAUGCUGGCAUGCCGCAACUUUGUUGAAUGUCGUAUUGCUCUAUUUCUUGUUGCAAGUAUUGGGCAAAGCCUUUUGGAUUGUCUGGUACUUGUUCAAGGGAUUUUGCGCGUGUCGGCUGGUGGCGCUGUGCUUUGUCCCUCCGGAGCAGCGUUGGAAGCGAAUGGCUCGCAAUGCAGGAUUGUUCGUUGUCUUUGCACACUUUGUCGCCGUUCCUUUGUUUCUGUGGUACCGAUCUUGGACGGCUGCGGCUGACACGGAUGACAUCAAUGACGCCGACAGUGGCGAUGAGAUGGAAAGUUUGGAGUCCAUCUUGGAGAGAACCGCUCCGCUAGUUGGUGGCGGAGACGAAUUCUGA